AUGAGUCACGAGCUCGACGGGUGGAUCGCGGCGCUGCGCAAAUGCGAGCCAUUGGAGGAAGACGACGUCAAGCGAUUGUGUCAGAUGGCGAUCGAGAUCUUGGUGGAAGAGUCGAACGUGCAGACGAUCGAUUCGCCGGUGACGAUAUGCGGGGACAUUCACGGGCAGUUUUACGAUUUGUUGGAACUGUUUAAAGUCGGCGGCGACUGCCCGGAUACAAACUAUUUGUUCAUGGGGGACUUCGUCGAUCGCGGGUUUUACAGCGUGGAGACGUUUUUGUUGCUCCUGGCGCUGAAGGUGAGGUACCCGGAUCGAAUGUAUCUCAUUCGGGGGAAUCACGAGUGUCGACAGAUCACGCAGGUGUACGGGUUUUACGACGAGUGUUUGCGCAAAUACGGGAGCGUCAACGUGUGGCGAUAUUGCACGGAUGUGUUCGAUUACCUUUCGUUGUCUGCGCUCAUAGAUAACAAGAUAUUUUGCGUGCACGGGGGGUUGUCCCCGAGCAUCACGACGAUCGAUCAGAUUCGAACGAUCGAUCGUAAACAAGAGGUGCCGCACGAAGGCGCGAUGUGCGAUUUGCUUUGGAGCGACCCCGAGGACGUCUCCGGCUGGGGGCUUUCCCCUCGAGGGGCGGGGUAUUUGUUCGGCGACGACGUGUGCACGUCGUUCACACAGACGAAUAGCGUAGACAUGAUCGCGCGAGCGCAUCAGCUCGUGAUGGAGGGGUACAAGUGGAUGUUUAACAAACGGCUCGUCACUGUGUGGUCGGCGCCGAAUUACUGCUACCGCUGCGGCAACGUCGCGGCCAUCUUAGAACUGGACGAAAACCUGGCGCACGACUUCAAGGUUUUCGAGGCGGCACCGCAAGAGGCGCGCGGGGUGCCGGCGAAGAGGGCGACGCCCGAUUACUUCCUGUAA